AAACGGGGCAGCUCCCAAUCAGCCAAGAGAUUGUGAACUCUUUUACCUCAGGGGCUGCGGGUGACUCUGGGCUGCUAAUCAUGGCUUUCCACAGGCACACAGGGCCUGGCAGUUACACCGUGGGCACCAUGUCGGAGCGCUUUGACUGCCACUACUGCCGUGACCCUCUGCAGGGGAAGAAGUACGUGCAGAAAGAGGGCCGCCACUGCUGCGUCAAGUGUUUCGAGAAGUUCUGUGCCAACACCUGCACUGAGUGCAAGAAACCCAUUGGAGCUGACUCCAAGGAGCUGCAUUUCAAGAACCGUUACUGGCACGACAACUGUUUCCGCUGCUUCAAGUGCUACACGUCCUUGGUCAACGAGCCCUUCAUGCUAAGGGAGAACAACAAGGUUUGGUGUAGCAACUGCACUGCCACUGCGGAUGCGCCCAGGUGUAAGGGCUGCUUCAAGCCUAUUAUUGCAGGAGACCAAAAUGUUGAGUACAAGAAGAUGGUCUGGCAUAAGGACUGUUUUACUUGCAGCCAGUGCAAGCAAGUGAUUGGAUCUGGGAGCUUCUUCCCCAAGGGUGAUGACUUCUACUGUGUCUCUUGCCAUGAGCAUAAGUUUGCCAAGACCUGUGCUAAAUGCAAGAAUCCCAUCACUUCUGGAGGCCUCACUUAUCAGGAACAGCCUUGGCAUUCAGAGUGUUUCAUCUGCUCCAACUGCAAGAAGCCACUGGGUGGGAAGCGCUUCACGGCUGUAGAGGAUGAAUUUUACUGUGUUGAAUGCUACAAGGAGUGUGUUGCCAAGAAGUGUGCUGGCUGCAAGAAUCCUAUUACAGCAGGAUUUGGAAGAGGAACCAGUGUGGUUAACUACGAAGAUGAAUCCUGGCACGAUUAUUGUUUCAAAUGCACAAAGUGUGCCCGUGGUCUGGCCAACAAGCGCUUUGUUUGCCAUAAUGGAAAAAUUUACUGUGCUGACUGUCCCAAACGACUGUAA